AUAGAUCACAGGUAACACAUGAGAGUCAUUCAUUUGAGUGGAAAUCUCACAGCUGUUGGGUAGGCAGAAAAAAGGACCUCUUCAUUAAGGAUUAAAAUGUAUAGGCCAGCACGAGGACCAACGAAUUCAAGAUUUCUGAAUCCAUACGUAGUAUGUUUCAUUGUCGUCGCAGGGGUGGUGAUCCUGGCAGUGACCAUAGCUCUACUUGUCUACUUUUUAGCUUUUGAUCAAAAAUCUUACUUUUACAGAAGUAGCUUUCAACUCCUAAAUGUUGAAUAUAAUAAUCAAUUAAAUUCUCCAGCUACCCAGGAAUACAGGACUUUGAGUGGAAGAAUUGAAUCUCUGAUCACUAGAACAUUUCAAGAAUCAAAUUUAAGAAAUCAGUUUGUCAGAGCUCAUGUUGUCAAACUGAGGUGAGUGGAA